AUGGGAAACACAGGGCAAAAGCUCCGGCAAAACCAAGAGAGACCUCGCGAAGAAGACGAAGCACCAACAACUUUCACUUGCGAGAUAUGCAUCGAACCCAUGUUAUCAUCAUCAUCCAAGAAAUUCAAGAACCAUAACCGGUGCGUUCACCCGUUCUGCACAGAUUGCAUGAUCAAGUACAUCCAAGCGAAGGUGGAGGACAAUAUUGCCGCCGACGUCCCGUGUCCGGCGCUGGACUGCGAACAGCUGUUAGACCCUCUCUCUUGCAGGCCGGUUGUGCUGGCCAAACUGUUCGACAAGUGGUGCGACAAGCUCUGCGACUCGACGGUUCUAGGGUUUGAAAGAUGUUACUGUCCGAAUCCGAAUUGCUCGGUUCUAGUUGUGAACGAAUGUGGAGGGAGUGUUACGAAAUCAGUAUGUCCCAAUUGCAAAAGGAUGUUCUGUUUCCACUGCAAACUUCCAUGGCACUUCGGUUAUCGAUGUGAAGAGAGUGGAGAGCGGAGAGAUGCUAAUGAUAUUCAGUUUGAAGGGCUUCUCCGGUCUUGUUACUGGAAGAGGUGUCCCCAAUGCGGCCGUUGCAUUGAACGUACUGAGGGUUGCAAUAAUAUUACAUGCAGAUGUGGGACCGAAUUUUGCUACAAAUGUGGAGUCAAGAAUGAUACUCAUGUGGGACCGAAUUUUGCUACAAAUGUGGAGUCAAGAAUGAUACUCGUUUGUGCGAGUGCUACUCCCGAAACUGCUGCGGCAUCUUUUGCUUUUGUAUGGCCGUGCUUGGAUUAG